AUGCCCUGGUUGUUGCAUUGGCUGCAGCUGGACUUGCUGGUGCUGUGCACCGCCAGCGGCUACGGCUGCAGCCCGAUUCCGAGACCUUCUUCUGCACUUGCGCCUUCCAACAAUUACCGCGAGUGCAGUAAUAACGGCAACGAUGAGAGGAACUCCGACAGCAAUCAAAUAGUUUGGGGGGUUUCGGUUGGUGAAGGUGAGGAAGAGGACGGCGUUUGCGAUGAUGUUGUUGACGAUGAUGAUGAACUUCUCGAGGUGGAAAAACUUGGAGGAGACGUGGUUGGCGGCGGAUUAGCAGAUGAUGGUGGAGGUGUAACAUCCAUCGCUCACGACGUGCGGGCCAUCCAGAAUUUCACAAUAUGGACUCCCAGAAAUUGA